GUCCAAGACAAGACAAGGCGGGCACCUUUUUAAUUCUUUUUGGUUAGCAUCAAUCCAUCCUACACUCUUCCUUCUCCUCCUCCUUCUUCUUCUUCUUCUUCUUUUCCUUUCUUUCUUUCUUUUCUCUUUCUCUCUCUCUCUCUCUCUCUCUGACUUUCUUUUCUUUUCUCUCUACAAUCCAAAAAGAACCCUUCUCAUCAUCUUCUUCUCUUCAACUCCUUUCAUUCCUUUUCGACAAAAAAUAAAUAAUAAUGCCUUUCGAUUCCAAGGUUCCAGGUGUCACUAUUCUCGGCAAGGUGAAGCCCGAGCAUGCGUCCGAGAUCCUCACUCCUGAGGCCCUUCAAUUCGUCGCUACCUUGCACCGCACCUUCAACCCCACCCGCAAAGCUUUGCUUCAGAAGCGUGUUCUUCGUCAACAACAGAUUGAUCAGGGAAUCCUUCCCGAUUUCUUGCCAGAGACAAAGGCUAUCCGUGAUGAUGUCUCUUGGCGUGGUGCUGCCCCUGCUCCAGGUCUUGCUGACCGCCGUGUUGAGAUCACUGGACCAGUAGACCGCAAGAUGGUCAUCAAUGCUCUCAACUCUGGUGCUGCCACCUUCAUGGCUGAUUUCGAAGAUUCAAACAGUCCUACUUUCGACAACAACCUCUCUGGUUUUGUCAACAUGAAGGAUGCUAUCCACCAGCGUCUUUCCUAUACCGCCCCUAACGGCAAGCAAUACAAUGUCCGCAAGGAUGGAAAGGUCGCCACCUUGAUCGUCCGUCCUCGUGGAUGGCACUUGGAGGAGAAGCACGUCUUGAUCGACGGAGAGGUCACCUCUGGAUCAUUGUUCGAUUUCGCUCUCUACUUCUUCCAUAACGCUAAAAAGUCGGUCGAGAUCGGUAUUGGCCCAUACUUCUACCUCCCAAAGAUGGAGUCCCAUCUUGAGGCUCGUCUCUGGAACGAUGUCUUCAACCUUGCUCAGGAUUACAUUGGUAUGCCCCGUGGUACCAUCCGUGGAACUUGCUUGAUCGAGACCAUCAUGGCUGCCUUUGAGAUGGAGGAGUUCAUUUACGAGUUGCGUGAGCACUCUUCUGGUCUCAACUGCGGUCGCUGGGACUACAUCUUCUCAGUCAUCAAGAAGUUGCGUCAGGAUCCCAAGUACGUUCUCCCCGAUCGCUCUGAUGUCUCCAUGACCACUCCCUUCAUGGAUGCCUAUGUCCGUCUCUUGAUCAAGACCUGCCACAAGCGUGGUGUUCACGCCAUGGGUGGUAUGGCCGCACAGAUCCCCAUCAAGAACAACGAGGCUGCUAACAAGGCUGCCAUGGAUAAGGUCUACAACGAUAAAUUGCGUGAGGUCAAGGCUGGUCACGACGGUACCUGGGUCGCUCACCCCGAGCUUGUCAAGAUCGCCCUCAAGGUCUUUAACGAGCACAUGCCUCAGCCCAACCAGUUGCACAUUCGCCGUGAUGACGUCCAUGUCACUGCCAAGGACUUGCUCAACACUCACGUCCAAGGAGGCAAGAUCACUGAGGUCGGUAUCCGUGCUAACGUCUCGGUCUCAUUGAUGUACAUGGAGGCCUGGUUGCGUGGUGCUGGAUGUGUCCCCAUUCACAACUUGAUGGAGGAUGCCGCAACAGCAGAAAUCUCACGCUCUCAGCUCUGGCAAUGGGCUAGGCAUCAGGCAAAGACCGACAAGGGUGUCACUAUCACUCCUCAGUACCUCUUGAAGGUCUUGGAUGAGGAGGUUGACAAGUUGGCCAAGGAGAUGGGUGAGCAGCGCUUCAAGGCAUCAAAGAUCCUUCAGGCCAAGAAGCACCUCUCAGGACAGAUCACUGGCAAGGACUAUGCUGACUUCUUGACCACCCUCUUGUAUGAGGACAUUGUUGUCUAUGAUGAUGUUAAGGCCAAGAUCUAAAAAAAAAAAAAAAAAAAAAAAAAA